GUCCUGUCGCCUGCCGUGCAGAUUCGGCAGCGGGAAGCGAUGGCUUGGCUCUAGCGCACCGGGCGGGGGCCCGAAGCCUCCUGACGGAGCCAUGCUUCUGGAACCACGUGCUGCUCCUGCUGCUUGAGGAAAGUUAAUUCUGGAAGAGGAUGAGCUCUUCUGUUCGCACUCAUGUAGCCCUGAAAGGAGAACGGUAGCUUGUGAAAGGCAGCCAAACUCCUCACGAGUCUGAUGGUCUAAAAACGAUGUCCCUGUCCCGUGUUGAAAAUCCCUGCUUUCUGCUCUUCCUGUUUGUCUUCCAAGCGAUAUUUAUCCUGAUACUGUACCAAGGUGGACCUUCACAUGUGUUUCGUGGGAUCUUAGAUUCACAUCAGAGUCAGGAUUACUCAAAAACUCAUGAUGUGUAUACAAACCUCAGCUUGUUUACCCAAGCUCCUAAUGAAGAAGCUAUGCCAUACUGCUCUGUGCAGUCACCAAUAUUUGUUGGUCCCUUAACCAUCACCUUCAGGGUGCUCCCCAGUGAAAGAAUGAUCAUCCAAAAAAAUCCUCUUGUUCAGUCUGGUGGCCGCUACAGACCUCCUCAUUGCUUAGCCCGCUACAAAUCAGCCAUCCUUGUAGCAUACAGGAACCAGGAGAAGUACCUUCACCAUUUUCUGUACUAUCUUCAUCCUUUCUUGCAGCGCCAGCAGCUCAGUUACAGCAUCUACUUGAUUCAGCAGGUGGGGAAUGGUACCUUUAACCGAGCAAAGUUGCUUAAUGUUGGUGUCCGGGAAGCCCUGAAGGAUGAAGACUGGGACUGCCUUCUCCUGCAUGAUGUGGACCUAAUACCUGAAAACGAUUAUAAUCUCUAUGUUUGUGAUGAAUACUAUCCCAAACAUAUGGCAAGUGCCAUGGAUAAGUUUCAGUACAAUCUGCCAUAUAAGUCCUUUUUUGGGGGUGUAUCUGCUUUGACUCCAGAGCAUUACAUGAAGAUGAAUGGGUUUCCAAACACAUACUGGGGUGAUGAUGGUGAAAAUGACGACAUUGCUACAAGCUUUGUAGCUGCAUUUCAUCUGGAGUGCGCCUUCAUCAUUGUGCACUGAGCCACGCUCAUGAGGAGUUUAUAAACUGGCAAUAAAGACUUAAUUUUUUUUGGAUCUUGCACAGCAUGACAAGUUAUACAGUUUCAGUGGAAUGUUCUGUUCAAGGACUGUGGGAGUUUUUACAAAGCAGUAUUCUUUUGGGAAUUGAAAGUUAGGUUUUCUAACAUAUAAUUCCUCCUUUUCCUUUCAAAGAAAGCUGACUAAAAGAGUAUACGAUUGUUUAGCAAGUCGACAUUUACUGAGGAAUGGAAUGCCAGGAAAGUAGAUCUUUAAAUCAAACACUACAAUGCUGAGUCUAUUCAUCUCUCAGUACAACUUGGGCUUUUAGUGUGGUUUUCAAGUACCAGUGGUGAAGACUUAUACCGAUUAUGGGUAUGAGUGCGCUUCCUUACAGAAAUCACUUAAGGUAAGUAGGUUAUAUAGAUCCCAAAAUAGCCUUUUACUAGAAGGGAGGCGAAUCUUGUGUUGUUCUGUGAAAACUUAUACAAAUGAUUGAUUAGCAGUACUGUGGCUCAUAGGUGCAUAGAGGUCAUGGGCAGUGACUGUUAAUGAUUUAUUCAACUUUGCAAAGUCAGGAAAUGAUCUGGCUGUUUUUGAGUGGCCAACACGAUACACCUACUGGGAUUUGGAUUUUAGAAAGUGCUCAAGCACUUCCUACCAUGGAGCAACAAAAAUAAAUUGGUAUCUGAAACUGGACAUUGAAGUCUGUCUUAUGUAAAGAUUUCCUGUUGGAAUGCUGGUUAUUAAAGCAGAAUUAGCCCCCCUCCCCCAAGAAGUGCUGGCUGCUGCUUAAGAAUUGGCAGACUGCAGUACUCUAUUAUUUAGUUCUUAAAGCUAAAUAUUAGUCCCGGUAAGCACCAACAUCCACCUUUUAUUAGAAGAAAACACAACUUGAGUUAGAACCACUUACUUGUUAACAUCAACUACAGGAAAAAGUCUGUUGGGGUUCUUUUUAAAACAGUACAUGAAUGUUGUCUUAAGUGUUUCAUAUUGUGUUAUUAGCUAAUCUUGCAGUAUAAAAACUGCAACAGCAAAACUAGUUCAGCAUUCCUACCUUUUCUUGUCUUUUGGAUUGAAUGUGCAAUAUGCCUAUGUCCAGAAAAUAAGAAGUCUUGUCUAAAACCCAGGUUGAAAUAAUAUGUUAUCAAAUGCUUCAGUACUCUUAAUGAACUGUUGUAAUCAUUCGCUAUCUCUAGACCAACAGAUCUCUUAAGUUCUUUAGCCUGUUUCUUUCAGCUUUGUACCAAUCGUGCUUCUGUACGGCUUGCUGCUAGAUCACAUCAGAAGGCAACCAAACGUUACAAACGUGCCAGUUAGAUGGGCUAAAUUGAGCAAACAUUCACUGUAAUAUACGUUUCGCAGGAAUCUUCUUUGCAGAAGAACCAUCUAUGGUAACAGAGGUUUGCUAGAGCUAGCACUUUACUGGCAGUUUUUGUUGGUAAGCUAAUAUAG